AUGCUGCGGUUCUGGUUCGACGGCAACGUUGAUGGGGAGAUGGUGCACCCGGUCGACGGGAAGACGUACAGCCGCUACCUGGUGUGGCACCCUCGGGACCACAUUGAGCAGCGCACCGUGUCACCCGGCCGCGGCGGGGGCCAGGAGGGGGCCAAGUGGUUCAUCAAUGAGUUUUUCCUUUCAAAGAAGACAGAGGGCUGGGUGCGCGGCGACGACGCGAAGGAGUGGUCCGACCAGCUCUUCACCAAGGUCGUGCUGACUGUGCAGAAGCUGGACGCCUCUGGCCUGUCCUUGGCUUUCCAGCUGCCCGGCAUCGGCGCCAAGCCCGUUUCGCUCACACAUGAGUGGUCCACGACGCCCGAGGGAGCAGCCCUUGUGAGCACGAUGUACAUCGGAGUUCCCAACGGUGACGACCCCGCGACCAAGGCGCUCAACUCGAUCGCGAAGAGCAUCUUUGCCUGCGGCGGGGACGCCGAGGCGGCGGCGCGCGCGUGGCAGCUGCACUGCCUCGAGGAAAUGGGUAACACAAAGUUUUUCCUGCCACAGCUGUACGCGUCGCUGGUAGCUGGUGAUACCGCUGGCUCUGUGGGUGCCAGCAUCCCUGCCCAGUGA